AUGAACGGACACGCCAACGGCCAUAUCAAUGGCGCUGCAAACGGCGGCGAGGAGUCUCUCGACGUCGCCAUCAUCGGCGCUGGUAUCUCUGGCAUCAACGCUGCCUAUCGCAUCCAGACGAAGCUGCCUGACUACAACUAUAAGAUUUUUGAGGCUCGGGGGGCCAUUGGCGGCACAUGGGAUCUCUUCAAAUACCCCGGCAUCCGCUCCGACUCGGAUUUCUACACUUUUGGAUUCGAAUGGAACACAUGGGCAAAGGACCACCCGAUCGUGCCCGGCUCUGAGAUCAAGGAGUACCUAGACCAGUCCGUGGCCAAGGCCGGCAUCGAUCGCAAUAUUCAAUUCCACACUCGUCUGGUUGCGGCGGACUGGUCAUCGGACAAGAAGUCGUGGACACUCACGGUGGAAUCCGACGGGCAAACACGAUAUGUCCAUGCGCGAUUUGUCGUCGUCGGAACCGGAUACUAUGAUUACAACGAACCUCUGAAGGCGUCCAUCCCCGGGUUGGACAACUUCAAGGGAACUGUCAUCCACCCUCAAUUCUGGCCCGAGAAACUAGACUACGCUGGCAAGAAGGUCGUCAUUAUUGGCAGUGGCGCGACGGCCAUUACUCUCGUUCCCAACAUGGCUCCAACGGCCUCCCAUGUCACCAUGAUCCAGCGCAGCCCGACAUACAUCUACUCGUUGCCCAACUCUACUCGCCGAUGGUGGAGCUUCUUGAUCCCCAACUUCCUACGACACAAGAUCUCUCGGCUGGUUUUCAUUUUCCUUCAGCGACUCUCAUAUAUUCUCUGCCGUACGUACCCGCGACAGGCCAAGGCUGUCUUGAGGGCACACUCCCGCUCAUCCUUGAAGGGCGUCUUGCCUAUUGACCCCCAUUUCAGCCCCAAGUACAACCCUUGGGAUCAACGAGUCUGCUUCGCGCCGGACGGGGAUUUUUAUGCCACGUUGCGGACGGGCAAAGCCGAUGUCAAGACGAGCACCAUCCAAACCAUCACUGAAAACUCGGUCAAGCUGGACAACGGCGAUGAGGUCGAAGCCGACAUCAUUGUCACCGCCACGGGUCUCCGCGUCUGCGUGGCCGGCGGCGUCAGCAUCAAAGUUGAUGGCGAGAAGGUCAACAUUGGCGACAAAUUCAUGUGGAACGGCUCCAUGGUACAAGACGUUCCCAACAUGUCCGUCAUUCUGGGGUACACCAAUGCCUCGUGGACUCUUGGUGCUGAUGCCACUGCUCUCCUGACAGUGCGUCUGCUCCAGUUUAUGGACCGCCGCAACGCAGUCGCCGCCGUUCCGCGCGUCGAGGACGAGUCGGCCUUGACGCCCAAGAGGCUCAUGGAUUUGAGCUCGACUUACCUCCAAGUUGCGGCCAAACUUAUGCCCAAGGCAGCUGAGCAGUAUCCCUGGAAGCCGAGAAGUAGCUACUAUGUCGAUCUCUGGCAAGCUAUGUUUGGCCGGCUUGAGAGUGGCUUGGAGUUGAUUUCCGGGCCGAGUAAAUAA